UAAGAAGGAACAAAGAAACUCAGGUAUUGUAGGGCUAAACAACUGACGUACCUGCUUUCAUUGGUUUAGAUAAGCUGUCAAACAUGUGGUAAUGGCGAUCGAAUGCAUACAGAAGAGGUGUUAUUUGGCUCAAGCGAGAGUUUUUAUGGGUCACGUUAAACCAGGAUUUGUUGUGCUGGUCACAUUGACAUUUUUAGCAUCUAUUAUUGCUUAUGUUUAUGAUUUCUCUCUCAUGCCAGUCACACACCCUCUCACAUGGUUUAACAUUGCAAAUCAAACUAAGCUAUAUAAUGUGGUGCCUGAGGGCUUGUCUGGCAAAAAAAAUGUCUGGAAUUUUUUAAUCAAACAACAAACUAUUCAAACAACUACCACAAUGGAAAAACCCAGUGCAUCUGUUAGCACAGAACACAUAUCAAUUCACCAAUAUGUAGCACAUCCAAGCAAUUAUCAUUUCAUUCUGGAUGAACCUGAUAAAUGUAGUCAAUGGGAUCCAUUCCUGGUCUUGAUGGUCCCUGUGGCUCCCCAUCAGGUAGAGGCUCGUAACGCCAUCCGGAGCACAUGGGGGAAUGAGAGCUCAGUCCAGGGAAAAGCAGUGCUGACUCUGUUCUUGGUGGGUUUGACUGGAGGACCUGAAGCUCAACAGCAGCUGGAGGAAGAGAGCCGACAACACAGAGAUUUAGUGCAGAGCAACUUCGUGGACUCCUACUUCAAUCUGACCAUAAAAACAAUGGUGAUCAUGGACUGGUUGGCCACUCGUUGCCCUCAAGCGAAUUUUAGUAUGAAGGUUGAUUCUGACAUUUACUUAAACAUGGAGAACCUGAUAACCCUCCUAUUGGCACCCAACACACCCAGACAGAACUACAUUACAGGCUAUUUGAUGUGGGACCAGCCUGUCAUCAGAAACAAAAACUCAAAAUGGUACGUGGCAGAGGAACUGUACCCUGAACCAAAGUACCCCACGUAUGUGCUUGGAAUGGGAUAUGUUUUCUCCAAUGAUCUUCCCCCAAAAAUAGUUGAAGCUUCUGAAGCCAUUAAGCCCUUUAACAUAGAGGACGCUUAUGUGGGCGCUUGUCUGAAGUGGUUGGGCAUAAAUCCCUCUGGCGCUCCAGAUCCUUCUCAGUUCCGGACCUAUAUGAAUGAUCCUAAAAGUCAAGACCUUUCCAAGCUCAUUACAGCAAUCGCGGGGUCACCGGAGAAGGUAGUAGAGUUCUGGUUAAAUGUGAAGGGACAUAAAUGACAGAAAAACCAUAACACAAAGAACAAGAAUGAGCAAAAUUAAGACCCAAUACGUUCUUUGUGAAUGAAUGGUUAUGAUACACUGGAAAGGUUGUGAUAUCUCAAAGAGAUUAAAUAUCAAAAUUGACUGCUGUGGUGUAUAGGAUAAUGAUAGGACUUAGGUCAUACGGAAUAAAUAAAAAUGACAAGAAAAUGUGUCUAUAAAUGUAACAGAGUGAACACAUGUAUUGUAUGUUUUUAAAUAUGUUUAAAUAUAAAAAAAAUAAACUAUACAUGUAAGGUAAAUUAUUAUUAUUAUUUAUACAUAUCAUGAAUUAUUACUUGACUAAUUAAACUUGACACAUGUACAGUCAUGAAGGUUUUUUUCUGCAUAACUGAUAAUGAAUAAUAAUAAUAGUAACAAAAGAUUAUUCCAAAAUACUUGGUAAUUUAAUUAUUUUAAUGAAGAUUUUUUGAUGUAUAUCCGUGACAUUUUUGUCUUUAUGGCCCCUAAAAUAUCUCAAUGGUAUUAAAUUUAAUUAAGAAAUUAUUACUU